AUGGGAAAAACCGAAAUACUUGAAAAGUUCAUGAUUUUAAAAGCAGUUACCCCUAAAAUUUACUGUAUUAUUAAUUGUGAUUUUAAAACUCAAAGCAUAAAGUCACUGAUUCUUGGCGGGAAACCAACAUCUGAAUCCGAACCAAUCUACAACGAUGAGAGCUCCGGCCGCCGCCGCCCGUCGGAAUCCCUAAUCCCUGACCGGGGUCUGCCACCUCCCACGCCCACGAACACCGCGGAUCCCUGGCAACUCACCACCCCUGUCCAGGGCCGCGAAUCUGACGCUAGCUUCUGCAGCAGCCGCCCCUCAAUUGCCUCCAUCGGUCGCCCUUCCGCCGCCCCCAUCAACAUCUCCGAUCGUUCCUACCAACUCUCCGCCCUCCGCACCAUCAAUUCCUACCUCUCCUCUCAAUCUGCCCCCUUUUCGCUCAAGCACCCUUUGCCUUCCGGUAAACAAAUCACCGAAACCCUAAAGCUUCUACUGCAACGACUCGGGUUCGCUUCGCAGAAAAUCAACGAAGAACUCAACCACGCGCUGAAGUGCCUCAAAUGCCCCUUCAAACUAAAUAAAUCGGCGCUGCGAGCCCCGUGGACGCCCCAUUCAUGGCCCAAUUUGCUUGCAGUUAUCCACUGGCUUGUUCAGUUAGCUCAGUACACAGAUUCUACAAUCAAUUCAUCGCCUGAACUCAAGGGCGAUCAGAUGAUGACGCACCAUUUAGACAGUUAUCAUCUCUACAUUAGGGGGGAUGAUGAGGCGGUGGAUGGUUUGGAUUCAGAGUUUAUAAAGGAGUUGGAAGAGUGGAGGGGUAAAGUGGGUGAAAAUGCAACGGCUGUUGAUGAAGCUGCUAACGAGCUGGAUGCCAAAGUGAUGGAUUUGAAGAAGGGCCCAAGUCAGAAGGAGGUUUUGGAGCAGGAGAAGGCCGUUGUAGAAAAGGACGUGACGAAGUUCCAUGAUAUGAUCGAACAGUUGGACGCUCAUUUUGUGAAUGUGCAGAAGAAAUUAGAGGAGAAGGAAAGGGCAUUAGAGGCCAAGGUUGAGGAGCACAAGAGAAUUUGUGAUGAGAAUCAGGAUUUGAAGAGGAAGAUUGAGGAACAGGGGUUUAAUAUGAGAGAUGCUGAGAGAAUGAAGCGAGAAUUACAGGCUGUGGAGCGGGAUUUUGAGGAGUCGGAGGCUGGGAGAAGUGGCUGGGAGGAGAAGAUUUGGGAACUUGAUUCUGAGAUAGGGCAUAAGUUUAAGGAGCUUGAGCGUCUCGUGAUGGAAUGCAACCAAACUAUUCGAAGGUUGAAACUUGGAAAUGGAUUUCAAUAUCAGCUACGUGCUGAUGGGUCCACACCAUCUGAGGUAUUGGGAUUGGAUUACAAGAGCAUACUAAAGCCUGCACUUGUCGCCUUUGCUGAAGAAAUAAAAGGAAGCUCAAUGGAGAAAUUGGAAGAACUCAUUUCUCUUCGGCCACGAUCAGGUGAAAAUGCCACUAAGCUGGAGGAAAAACGGAAUCGUAUUGUUGUGCUUCAAUCCUCCAAUGAUGAGGUUGAAUCCCAGUUGGAUAAAGUGACAAAAGAAAUGCAAGAGUAUAUGUCUAGACGUGCAGCAGAAGCGAAAAAAAUGGUAGAGGAAAUUGAGAUGAAGGUUCAGCACAUUUCAGUUGUUGAAAAUGAAGCAGCAGAAUUGUUGAAGAAAUCCAUGGCCGGGCUGCACGAAGACGUGAUUCAAACUGAAGAAGAUGUCAAGUUAUGCGCUCGGGAACUCUUUGACUUGAUCAAUUCAGUUGCGUCAUACAAAGAGUACGUAGGCUCGAAAAUUGCACGAAUGAAGAGUGACCUAGUAGAAACUGCUAGCGCCAUUGCUGAUACUUACAAAGGUUACCAUCCGUCACUGGGCUGCGCUAAUUCAGAUUCGAACAGUUGA